AUGAUGUGUGGAAUGAACGGCCAUGUUGGGAAGGUCAGUGGCGGAAGGAUGUGUGGAAUGAACGGCCAUCUUGGGAAGGUCUGUGGCGGAAUGAUGUGUGGAAUGAACAGCCAUGUUGGGAAGGUCAGUGGCAGGAUGAUCUGUGGAAUUAACAACCACGUUGGGAAGGUCUGUGGCGGAAUGAUGUGUGGAAUGAACGGCCAUGUUGGGAAGGUCAGUGGUGGAAGGAUGUGUGGAAUGAACGGCCAUGUUGGGAAGGUCAGUGGCAGGAUGAUCUGUGGAAUUAACAACCACGUUGGGAAGGUCUGUGGCGGAAUGAUGUGUGGAAUGAACGGCCAUGUUGGGAAGGUCAGUGGCGGAAGGAUGUGUGGAAUGAACGGCCAUCUUGGGAAGGUCUGUGGCGGAAUGAUGUGUGGAAUGAACGGCCAUGUUGGGAAGGUCAGUGGCAGGAUGAUCUGUAGAAUUAACAACCACGUUGGGAAGGUCUGUGGCGGAAUGAUGUGUGGAAUGAACGGCCAUGUUGGGAAGGUCAGUGGUGGAAGGAUGUGUGGAAUGAACGGCCAUGUUGGGAAGGUCAGUGGCAGGAUGAUCUGUGGAAUUAACAACCACGUUGGGAAGGUCUGUGGCGGAAUGAUGUGUGGAAUGAAUGGCCAUGUUGGGAAGGUCAGUAGAGGAAGGAUGUGUGGAAUGAAUGGCCAUCCUGGGAAGGUCAAUGGAGGAAUGAUGUGUGGAAUGAACGGCCACGUCGGGAAGGUCAGUAGAGGAAGGAUGUGUGGAAUGAACAGCCAUGUUGGGAAGGUCAGUGGCAGGAUGAUCUGUGGAACUAACAACCACGUUGGGAAGGUCUGUGGCGGAAUGAUGUGUGGAAUGAACAGCCAUAUUGGGAAGGUCAGUAGAGGAAGGAUAUGUGGAAUGAACGGCCAUGUUGGGAAGGUCUGUGGCGGAACGAUGAGUGAACUGAACAGCCAUGUUGGGAAGGUCAGUAGAGGAAGGAUGUGUGAUCUGAACGGCCAUGUUGGGAAGGUCUGUGGCGGAACGAUGAGUGAACUGAACGGCCACGUUGGGAAGGUCAGUAGAGGAAGGAUGUGUGGAAUGAGCGGCCAUGUUGGGAAGGUCUGUGGCGGAAGGAUGAGUGAACUGAAUGAUCUUGGUGACAGUUUCCCUGGUCAGAUGGUUCCUUUCAGUUGA